GUAAUGACGUCGUCGGUUAGUAAUGACGUCACGGUCACUGCCGCUUUGUAUGAUCUCAUAUUUCAAACACUUCACUCUCGAGCGGGCGGCAAGGGUGACUGACGCCUUUAGACGAGUGGACGCUGGCCAAAAUGAGACUUUUUUCAUGGACAUUUUCUCUUUGAGUUACGAAGUCGGAACCAACUCGUUGCUGGACCUUCCGCUUGAAAUGGCACCAUGUUCGAACCCCCCGAGACGCUCCUCAAAUAUGAGACCCCAGUUUUAAUCAGCAAAACCACAGACAAGAAAUCUUCAAAGGGGGGCCGACCUUUUAAAGUGAGCUCUCAGCCGCAUGCUGACUCCCCCGUGCCGCCACCUCCUAAAGCCAAGUCAUCCGCAGCGGAAGCCACCAGGCAACAAAAUGAGGACAUACUCAACCUCAUCUUCCCACCCAGGGAAUGGAUGGAGGGAAACCAACUGUGGGUGCAGCAGGUGUCCAGUGCACCGUGCACCCGAGCGGACGUGGUUAACCUUGAGGAACUAUUGGACAGGAAGCUGCAGCAACGGCGUGCCAUAGAGACCGGAAUCUGCCCUGUGCGAAGAGAGCUUUAUACACAGUGCUUUGGUAAGGAUCAAGCUGUGUCCCACUGCAAAAUAUGUCCAUGAAAAGGUACACUUUGGCAAUUGACUGACAUGGAAUAGGGGGACAAUGUCAUCUGACAACAAUAAAAUAAAAAAAAACCCUAUCUUUUUUAAAAAGUCCAAAAAUUAUGUGACACGAUUCAAUAGAGUAAAGUCCAACACUCGUGCCAGGCGUACAACCGCCGCUUUUUUUGCCGACGUGACAAUGAUUGACGGCAUGCAGCAGCUGACCAAUCAAGAGGCAUCAAAGCAAAAAUUGCCAAAGUAAUGUGUAAAUGAAGCAGAGUAAUGUGUAAACAAUGUCAAUAUGUAGGUGAACCAUCUGUGGCUGUUAAGUGGACACUAGAAAGGUUGUAAAUACUGUAUAGAGUAGGCUAACCCAUGUGGUUCCUGUGGAUGUGAACACAAGUUGUAGUGACUGAAUAACAUAGUGACUGAAACAGACAAAAGUAAUGUGUAUAUAAUGUCAAUAAGUAGGUGAACCAUCUGGGGCUGUGAAGUGAACACUAGUAAGGUUGUAAGUACUGUUUAGAGUAGACUAACCCAUGUGGUUCCUGUGGAUGUGAACAUAGGUACUGUAGUGACGAAACAACAUAGUGACUGAAACCGACAAAAGUAACGUGUAAAUAAUGUCAAUAAGUAAAUGAACCAUCUGUGGCUGUAAAGUAAACAGU